CAGCAAUCGACAGGUUAGAGAGACAACCUAUCACUUAUAUUUGAUUAUCUCAGCUCUACAUUUAAUGGUAGAUGAUGGGGCAGUUCCAGAUUUACCUUGUUUUCUGGGCAUUGCUUCUCAUGACCAUUUCUGGAGAGGAUGACAUAGAAGCAUCAAAAGAGUGUGUGGAUGCUCCCUUUGUUCCAGGGUACAAUCUUGCUGGAGAGGGAUUUGAUGUUGUGACCAUGGAGCGAAAAGGAUCUUACGUGAUCAACAUGGAGGAAUGGGAUUUAGGAAACGGCACUUGUAAAUUGCGCAAAAACAAUUACAUGAAUGGGAUAAAACAGAAGCUACCAGCAGCAGUUGUGUUCUGGAGGACCUUGCCAAAGUGUUCAAUGAAAGUCUCCAGUCAGAUCUUUGAAUCAAGUGAAGCUCUGGUCAAUGAUUCAUCAUCAGCACUCUCGGUCAGCUGGAAAGUUGGUUUAGAUGUGAAGGCUGCUGGAGCUGCAGUCGGAAGCACUCAUUCCAGGGAAGCCAAAUUUGGAAUGACAAAAUCAAAAGAAGACAAAUACAGUUUCACCAAACAUGAAGUUGCAUGCAGCUUUUACAGAUAUCGUCUAGCUAAAAAGCCUUCUCUUCAUGCAGAGUUUCUUGAAGCAAUCAAAUCACUCCCUGCAUCCUAUGAUCCAGCCGCCUACCACAACCUGAUCACCACAUAUGGCACUCACUUUACCACAGGUGUCCAGUUAGGGGGGAAAAUCAAAGCCAUAACAGCCAUCAAAACAUGUCAGGCUGCAGUGAGUGGGCUUACAGACACUGCAGUGAAAGACUGUUUGGAUGUUGAAGCCUCUGGUUCAUACCAUGUAGCAACUGUAAAGGCAGAGACCCAUUUUUGUAAAGAACAGAAAAAGAAGAUGGGCACAAAUGAAAAGUUCAGCACCAUGUUCAGUGAGCGUCAGACAGAGAUUAUCGGAGGAAACAUAAAUGGAGAAGAUCUGCUUUUUUCUGGUUCAUCACACCCAAAUUCCCUUAAGAACUGGCUUGAGUCUUUGAAGAGCCUCCCUGACAUUGCGCACUACUCUCUGAAACCUCUCCAUUUCUUACUGAGUACUAAACACCCUGCCAGGAAAGGACUGAAGAGAGCUGUUGAAGAAUACAUAAUUAAAAAUGCCCUCAUGAAGGUUUGCUCUGAGUCUUGCAAGAUUGGUAAGAAGUGCAGUGCAAGAGACCAAUGUGCUUGUGUUUGUGAAAGUAGUCAAAUUAUAAAGUCUAACUGCUGUCCACCUGAAAAAGGACUUGCCACCCUGAAAGUCUACAACCUUAGAGCCAAAGGUCUGUAUGGAGAUGUAUAUACUCAAACAGAUGGUGCUGUAUCAGUUACAUAUGGCACACAAAUCAAGCGCACUGAGACUAUUGAUGAUAAUGACAAUCCAUGUUGGCCAGAAAGAUUUGAGUUUGGUCCUAUUAAGAUUAGCAUGGCCAAUAGACUAACUUUUAAUGUGUUUGAUGCAGACAGCUACUGGAACAGCGAUCUCCUUGGUGAAUGCUCUUUUGAAAUUAGAAGUGGAGUUGUAAGUGACGCUUGUGUUUUUAAAUAUGGCACCUUCUUUUUUACCUAUGAAGUGAAAUGUGCUCCCAGUCUAAAUGGCCCACAGUGUAAUGAACACAAACCUUCUCCAAUGGCUUCCCCUCUGGCUGACAUUUUCAGCUCAAGAAAUGGUGUUCUGGUUAAAGACAUGCACAGGCUUGAAUCAGCUCGCAAUAACUCAAAUAAGUUAAACUUCAAGAGUACUUAUGGAAAGCUAUUUAUGCUGUGACCUGCAUCUUGAAUCCAUCCUUGCAUGAAAAAUAGUCUUAAUAUAGCCUAACAGCGCUUUCAUCUGCGAUAGAAAAUAAGUGUAUUAGUAUAAUUUGCGUAGGUCUUUUUCCAGUGCUUUUCUCUGGGUUUUUUUCUGUGUUUUUGCAUUAAAAUCAUUUUUA